CUCCCCUUUAUUUCAGGCCAGUGGCUUGAUGCAGAACGUUUAACAUUGCCUCGUUGAAACACACACACACAGACACACUCACACCCACAUACACAUUCAAGCCAAAGCCCACCGUUUUCUUUGACAGUCUGUCUGUAUCUCAACUCAGUCUGAAACAUAACUGGUGUCAGUCUGCAGAGACAGCGCCACAGCAUUGACUAGCCAUGCGUCCAUCAAAUUCAAUGAGCUUUGAACCUGGGAUGGAGCGAGGUGUUCCCUGGGGUCGCGACCUCUUCACCUUUGUAACAUCAGCAGCCGGUCACAUGAUGCGGACACUCCAAAGACCAAGAAAGAACCGUCCGUCCAAACGCCAAGUCAACCACCGACGCUUUCUCCACAACAUGAUCCAGAGGUGAGUGUUUUUCUGAUAAGAGUGAGCAACAUAACAAGAUGGAUAUUAUAUUGUACACUCUCUCAAACAGGAAAUUUGCAGAGAUAGAAGCAGCCAAUCACCAACUUGCAUCUGUCCUCUUUUCAACGGAUGCGGCGAAUAGCGACACACCAUCCCCAUCACAACAUCCAAUAAUGGUUGACCAAUCUGACAGCGCCUCUAAAGCUCCCAAAAGUGCGGGUGCACUCUCCCCUUGUUCAACUCCAACUGAAGACCUUGCAGUUGAACACAGUGAACCGGGGGACUAUUUGAGCCUCAGCCCACAGCAACACAUGGACCAGUCCAACGGCAGCCCUCCUCGUGAGAGAACAGACAGACAGGGGCUCAGAUUAGACGACCCAGCGGACUGCGGAUCACCGAGAUCAUCAGGAAAAACGAAAGACUUGGAACGAGGCAGGGAAAACCUUCCCACGGAGCCCUUUGGAUGUGAAAUGGCUUCAGAGGAGAGCCUUUGUAGCUGGAUUGACAGCAUUAGGGAGAAAUAUGAAACACAGCUCAGACAAGAGUCCGAUUCAAAUACCACGCUUCCACCUCUGAACCAGAGGGCUCUACCAGAAAACCAAGACGUGUCAACUAUCAACCAGACUCCCCUGUCACCUGUACUCUCCCAUUUGUCCCUAGACUCUUGUGACUUUGGAGUCACAGCGGCCACUGAGAUUUCCGUCUGCUGCCAGUCCCAAAACAACGUGGCCGACGAUGACACAGUGGAGAGCCAGAGAAUGGAUAUGAUGAGGUUUUGGGCCUCAGAGGAGAAGCCACUGGACGAUGGGAGUUUUGGGGACUUCGUGGACCCCCAUCUUGAGACCAUAUGGGGGUCUCAGGGUGAAGAAGGGAACCUAGCCACUAAGUUGCACAUUGAUGAUGUCACAUUUCUGAAUCAGUCGGACAGUUUCAUAGAGAAGUGGAUGCUCUGCACCAGCAGCACUGACAGCAGGUCUGAGAUGGAGCUGAUUGACUGUUUCAGCGGGCAGUAUGACUCUGGACAUGCAUACAGAUGCUCUGUAGAUCCAGUAUCAGCCAUUAGAGACUUCUUAAAUGGCCAGGGCAGCUCACAGUGUUUGUUGGAGAGUGCUUUGGAGAGACAAGGUACAGAUAGGCAGCUCACCUGUUUGAAUGACACCCCAAACCAACUCUACUCCUCCAUAGGCUACCACUGUAACCUUCCAGACACCAACAUGCUUCAGAGCUCUUGUCCUCAACCCGAUAGUACCUUCUCAUUGGUGAAAGAUGACUUGAAUCAGAAUUGUAUUCCCUUUGCAGGAGUGGCUAGAUCCUUCCCUGCCCCAAUCCAGACCCCUCAUUCACAUCAGGUUCUAACGCCCCCCCUGGAAAAUGAUUGGCUGUUCACGGAUAUCAUGGAGGAUGGAGGCCUAUCAGUGUGAGUUGUGCAUCCUGCUACCAAAUUCACAGCGGUGCCACAAGAUGAAAAGAAAAAUCUAUUGUUUACCCACAACCGAUAUAGUUAAGGUGCCAAAGGCCAAAUGUAGAAUAGAAGAAAAUACAAAAAGUUUCAUCUGAAGCAGAAUUCAUGAUUGAGCUAAACCCCAAAAAACAACUGAACCCAUCCGGACCACGAACAGAUGAGGUACAGAUUAUGCUAGACAGGGAGCUAAAUCAGACAUCUUUAGGAAUAAGUACCCAAAAAUAGCCACUAGAUGUCAGUGGCUAUUUUCUUCUACAUAAGACCUAGAAAUAUUUGAACUAAAUCAUGAGAUAAAAAAUAUAGUGUAUGUUUUUUAACAAUACCAAUAAUACCAAAAUGAUGUUGUUUUGUGCUUGGACAUCAGAUUUUUUUCACAUUCCCAUAGGUGUCUGUAAAUAUCUUUAAAGAGGCAAUAUGUAAGAUUGUUACUGUACUACUAGCAGUAAUAAGCAGAAAUGACGAGAAGAAGGCUCCGUAGCCACAGAUCGAUCAGAGUGCCCAUGAUGACACGUCCAACGUCAAAAGCGCCUACAAUGGGCAUGCUAGCGUCAGAAUUGGACCUUGGAGAAGUGGAAUUCGGUUGCGUGGUCCGAUGAGUCCUAUCACAUGGAUAGGACUCAUCCGCGUAUUCAUGUGGACGUCAAUUUGACAGGUGCCACCAACAUAAACAUUAUUGCAGACCUGGUA